AUGCCUGAGAACCGAAGCGUCAAAGCCGCACUCGCCCUAAUCGAGGACCCUACCAAGAUUCUUGGCAUGACAGUAGGGCCUCACGCAGAUGUAAAACCAGGACAAUACAUUCCUAAAGCAGAGGCUCAAUCCCACCCCACACUCUCCUUCGACGCCGCCUCCCCAUCAGCAACGUACAUGGUCGUUAGUCUUGACAUCGACGCCCCAUUCCCCUCCUUCGGCGUGCUGGGACCAAUCCUCCACUGGAUCCAACCGGGACUCAAAGCCAGAAACGGCCAGCUGGAAGUCACUGAGCCGUUUGUCGCGAACUAUAUCGGACCCGCGCCGCCGCCGGGUAGUUCGCCGCACCGGUAUAUCUUCUUUCUGUAUGAGCAGCCCGAGGGGUUUGAUGGGAGGAGGUAUGCGCCGCCGAAUGGCCAGAACUUGAGUAAUUGGUAUCGCAUGCGGUAUGAUCUUGAUGCGUGGGAGAAGGAGAUUGGGCUUGGUAAGGUCUUGGCGGUUAAUUAUUUUACGAGUAAUUAG